GAAAACGGCAUCCGAAAGGUCAGCGUCAGACGGGACAUUGGUGGUGCCGAGGCUCGCUCGGAUGGGCAAGGCAAUCAUCGUGCCAUCGAACGAGCGCCAUGUCGACGGCAGUGUCGACUCGGUCGGUGAAUUUAAAUCGCUGGGCCACACAACGAGGCAGUUUGGGGUUGGCACAACUCCGCCACCCGACGCGGCCUUUGCUCCGAACCGCAUCUCGACGUCGAUCUACACGCCGUACAACUUUUUGUUCAAAAACCUCUUCAAGCAGUUCGCGCGCUUGUCCAACAUGUACUUUUUAUUCAUCACAGUCCUCCAAGUUAUCCCGCAGGUGACGCUCUCGGGCGGGUACCCCACAACGAUCGUCCCGCUUCUAUUUGUCUUGUUCGUCAACGCGGUGAAAGACCUCAUUGAAGAUAUCCACCGCCACAGCGCUGACAACGUCCAAAACAGCACGAAAACGCUCCAUCUUCAAAAUCAUGGGGACGGCGCGCCCAAGUUCGUUCCGACGACGUGGGCCGACUUGCACGUCGGCAGCGUUGUCAAGGUCCAUCAAAACGAGAUCAUUCCGUCCGACAUGAUCAUCUUGGCGUCGAGCAGCCCGAUCGGCCAGUGCUUUACCAUGACUGCCAACUUGGACGGCGAAACCAACUUGAAAAUUCGAUGGGUGCCGUCGCAGUUGUCCAAGGUGAACACGUUGAUGGGCGACGCAGCAGACAUUUGGGCGAUGGUCAAUGGUGCGCACGUCGAGUCGGAGGGGCCGAGUCGAAAACUCGAUCGAUUCAAGGCGACUUUGACAACGAUCAACAACGUCAAGAUUAGCAUUUCCAUGUCGAAUUUGCUGUUGCGAGGCGUGCUGCUGAGAGACACGGACUGGGCGGUCGGCGUGACGGUGUACACGGGAGAGGACACAAAGAUCCAGCAAAACUCGGGCGAAACUCCGUUCAAGGCGAGCUCGUUGUCGAAAAUGACCAACGUGAUGACGUACCAAAUUAUUGUGCUCCAAGUUGUGCUCCAGAUCAUUGCAGUCAUCGUCGAGUCGAUGCGGACGAGCUUGCCGUACAGCCCCCGCGACAGCCAGAGCGUCCUAGGCGCGUUCUGGUUGUUCCUGACGUACAUGUUGCUCUUUUCCAACUUUGUCCCGAUCUCGCUGCAAGUGACGGUCGACAUUACUCGGUUCUUUCAGUCGAUUAUGCUCGGACUCGACACGGCGAUGGCCCAUGGGAAGGUCGGUGUUAAGGUUCGAUUCUCAGAUCUCAACGAAGACCUCGGCGUCAUUCAGCACAUUUUCACCGACAAAACGGGAACACUGACUUGCAAUAACAUGGAGUUCCGCAAGUGCGCGAUCGACGGCGUGUCGUUUGGCACGAUCAGCCAGUCGGACCCGAAUUGUACACCGCGGGGGUCGGGUUUGCCGCCGGGCAACAACCGAUUGCGGUCCAUCCUGCCCUUUCCAAAGCGGGCCAAGGACAUUGUGACGCCACGCGGCCACCUCACGCACGUCAACAUUGUGGACAAGUCACUGCGAGAAAAGGUCGUGGACGAGCGACAUCCUCGAUUUGUCCAGUUUUUCGUCAACUUGGCGGUCAAUAGCACCGUCGUGCCCAUCGUCGAUGCCACGACCAAGAGUCUUGUGUACUCUGCGAUAUCGCCGGACGAGGAAGCGCUCGUGUGUGCCGCCAAGCACUUUGAAGUGACGCUACUUCGCCACGACUCGACUACGGUCGCGAUCAGUCGGUUCGGAGAGACCGUGCUGUUUGACGUGCUGCACAUGUUUGAGUUUUCCAGCGAGCGCAAGAAGAGCUCGAUGAUUGUGCGCGAACGCGGAAACGCGACCGGUGCGAUCUUGUUUUGCAAAGGCGCCGAUACGGUCGUCUUUCCAGCGUUGCGAACGCCGGUCGAUGCACAGGAGGACGAGCGGUAUAACUCGAUGAAGCAGCACUUACUCACGUACGCAGCAGAAGGUCUGCGGGUGCUGUGUGUGGCGCAGAGGGAGCUCUCGGACGAGGUGUACGACAAGUGGAAUGCAAAGUAUUUGGCGGCCAAGACUUCGUCCAACACGUCCGAAGAAGUAUUAGAUGAGAUCAUUCGGGAGAUCGAAACGCAGUUGGACCUGGUCGGGAUCACAGGCAUCGAAGACCGACUGCAAGAUGGAGUGGCCGACGCGCUGCAAUGCUUUCGCAUGGCUGGAAUCAAGGUGUGGAUGCUCACGGGGGAUCGCCCCGACACUGCAGUCAACAUUGGCCGCGCGACGCAGCUCAUAUCGAGCGACAUGCAAGUCGUGCAAAUCUCGACGAAAGAGCUAAGUCCGCCCAACGAUGGUACUGCAGCUUCGUUGCCGUCGUCGACGAUAGUUGGGCAAUUGUUGCAGUCGAUCAUCGAUUCACCUAAAGGCAAAAACGUGCCGCCAAAGGCCCUGAUCCUGGAUGGCAUGGCUCUCGAGCUCAUUGUCAGCCUCGAUUCGCUGCAGAGCCAGCUCAUACGAGCGAGCAACCGAUGCAAGAGUGUCUUGUGUUGUCGGGUAUCCCCCAAGCAAAAAGAGUUUAUCGUCGACUUGGUACGGAGGAAAACGGGGGUCAUGACGUUGGCUGUGGGGGAUGGCGCGAACGAUGUGCCCAUGAUUCAAAGGGCACACGUGGGCGUGGGUAUCAUGGGAGCUGAAGGGCAGCAAGCUGCAAAUGCAAGUGACUACUCGAUCCCGGAAUUCCAGAGCUUAAAACGGCUCGUCUUGGUCCACGGGCGAUGGAUGAAUCGCCGCAUGUCGAUCUUGACGCUGUACAUGUUUUACAAGAACGUGUUGCUCGUCCUGCCGCAAUUCUUCUUUGGCAUGUACUGCUCGUUCUCCGGGCAGUCGACGUACUACGACCCGUUGUACCAACUCUACAACGUGUGCUUUACGGCGCUCCCGGUCUUUUUGUUCUCCGUCUUUGACGAACACGUCAGCGCCCGCAUGAGCCUCAAGUACCCGUUUCUGUACGCGAGUCAGUCCUUCGUCAGCAUCCGGCGGUUCUGGGAGUGGAUAUUUGACGCAUUCGUGUCGUCGCUGCUCAUUUUGUUCAUUCCGUUCGCAGUCGUUGGCCACGGGCCGUCAAGUAUUAGCGGACUGGACCAAGGCUUGUGGGACGUUGGGCUCGUCAUGAAUGGCGCCGUCGUCGUUGUUGCGAAUCUUCGGCUCGCGCUCGAGACAAAAUGCUGGUUCUGGUUCAUUCCGGUCGGGUUUGCAUGCAGCCUCGGGCUCUGGUCGGCGUCUGCUUAUGCGUUUUCAAGUCUACUCUCGUUUGGCGGGGAGCUGUACGCCGUGCUUGUCGUGGUGGACAACCUGUCGAUUCUAUUUAUGCUCGUCCUGCUUUGCGUUUUGUGCUGUUUCGGACCGUACGCGCUGCAGGCGUACCAUACGACGUUUGCGCCGCAUCCCACCGACAUUUGCCACGAGAUCGACGUGUGGGGCAUGGAGCCGACAACCCAGUCGGUCAGUGAUGGUCGGGAACACCCGAGAAUGGAUGGUGAAUGAACUUGCCACCGAUCAUGACAAUCAGCGCUUCCUUCAACUGGCCGUCUCGCGAUUUUGAGUGCGUUUUGCCGCCAGUUCCAAUCGCCAUCCUGACAAACGGAUACCACUUCAGCAUUCUAAACUAUUACUCCUAGCAAAAAUGUCUUGUCCCAUGUCAGAGUUGUCGCUGGGAGAGGGAAUCGCCUCCAGCCUCUGCAUCGCAAUAUCGUUCAAAUACAACGCCAAUCCUUUUGACCCCGAAACAACGUUCCAUGAAGUGGAAAGGACUUUGCUGUGGAUACAUGGACGACUUACGAUACACGGUUCUUGGCGUCACUCGCAAGCACAAGCCAGUCAGACAAGUGGACGAUUAACCCGCCGCAGAUGCCAGACGUACUAAUCCCCACGGCCAUGCCAACCCAUAGACCCAGCAGCCCCCAUCCAACGACGAAGUCUAGAAACGUCCCCAACGGCAAGCCCACGACAACGUACGCGAUAAAAUUCAAGAGAGCGCCUACGUCAUGUGCAAUAAAGUCGUUGAGAAAAGGGCUGGAGGCGAGAACCUGUUUUCUGCAAUCCUGCUCCACGCAACACACCCUGCAGGGUCGUGUUAAGGGCGUCUGCGACUUGGUACAUGGCGAUCGCAAUCGCCACGUACGACGUUAGACUACAACGGGAUUCUGGACUGACAAGUUGGAGAGUCG